AUGAGUACACUUGUACUAACUCCUUCACAAUCUACAAAUUUAAUUCAUCCUCAUCAACGAGCACAACAGCAACAACAAACGAAUAAAACAAAUUCUUCUGUUGUCGAUCCACUACGUGCUCGAUAUUUAAUAGCACAUAAACUUGCCUCAGGUGGUUUUGGCGAUGUUUAUGCAGGUGUACGAAAAAAAGAUGGUAUGCCAGUUGCUCUUAAAGUCGUUCCAAAAAAACGAAUGCGUGAAAUAAACACACCUGAUGGAAGAUUACCACUUGAAGUUGUUUUAUUACGUCGUGUAGCUAAAGUUAAAAAUGUUAUACACAUGCUUGAUUAUUUUAUUCAUAAUGAUCAACUUGUUAUCGUACUUGAAAGACCUGAACAUUGUUGUGAUUUAUAUGAUUUUAUAUCUGAACGUUCAAAUGGUAUCGAUGAACGAUUAGCAAGAGAUUUUCUUAAACAAAUUAUUAUUAUUCUUAAAGAUAUCCAUCAAUGUGGAGUACUUCAUCGAGAUAUAAAGGAUGAAAAUUUUCUUGUUGAUACACGUACAGGACAAAUUUAUUUAAUUGAUUUUGGUUCUGGUGCUUUAUUAAAUGAUGGAAUUUAUACAGAUUUUGAAGGUACAGCAUGUUAUGCACCACCUGAAUGGGUAACAUGUCGUCGAUAUUUUGGUUUACCUCAAACUGUAUGGUCAUUAGGAAUUCUACUAUAUGAUUUAGUUUGUGGCGAUAUUCCAUUUCUUGAUGAUUUAUCAAUUAUUAAAUGUCAACCUCAUUUUCCAAGUCAUAUUUCUUCAGAUUGUAUACAAUUGAUAGAACAAUGUUUAUCUAUACGUUCUUCAGAAAGACCAACACUUGAUCAAUGUUUAAAUUCUGAAUGGUUUAAAUAUCCAUCAUCAAGAGAUUUAUGUUUAUCAUUAGUAUCACGAAAACGUGGUGGACAUAAUUCUUCAUCAUCAAAACCAACAAGUUCUUCAUCACGAGGAAAUUCAUUGUAA